AUGCCUGGUGUACCAAGACAUCUUGCGAAGGUCGCGCAGCGACGCCUCAAGCUCCCACACACUCCCGUACGCAACAAACCAUCCACUCGCGCAGCGACCAUCCAGUCGUCUAUCGCCUCGACAAGACCGCACGAUAGUCCCUUUUUCCCCUGCGUCGAAGCUCAUGCCGCCCGAGAGUCACGGCUCCGCGCCUCGCGAUCGCCUGACACACAGACCUCUUCCAGUCCGCACUCAGGACCGGAGCCGCCGUAUGCGAGACCGAAUCCCGCAUCCUAUAAAAUCUACCGUCACUCGAAGCCCAUGCCGCUGACGUACGCUCCCGCUCUUCCUGAAUUCGACAUUGCCUACGAGACAUGGGGAGAGUUGUCGCCUGCGAAGGACAACGUCAUCCUGCUCCAUACUGGCUUGUCGGCGUCCUCUCAUGCCGCAUCGACGGAUUUGAACCCUUCCGAAGGCUGGUGGGAACAGUUCAUCGGCCCUGGGCGCGCGCUUGACACGAAUCAGUUCUUCAUAAUAUGCACAAAUGUUCUCGGAGGAUGCUACGGCUCCACCGGCCCCUCGUCGGCUGAUCGUUCUACGGGGAAGCCCUAUGCUACCCAUUUCCCUGUAAUCUCGAUCUUCGAUAUGGUUCGCGCACAGUUCUGCUUGCUCGAUCAUCUUGGGAUUGACAAACUCUACGCGAGCGUGGGAUCAUCAAUGGGCGCUAUGCAAAGUUUGGCAGCGGGAUGGCUGUAUCCUGAACGUGUGGGAAAGGUCGUCAGCAUCAGCGGAACCGCGAGAAGCAGCCCAAGCGCGAUCGCUAUGCGAUUUGCGCAGCGUAGUGUGUUAAUGGCAGAUCCGAACUGGAAGAAUGGGUUCUAUUACGAAGGAUUGCCACCACAUACGGGCAUGAAGCUGGCUCGACAGAUUGCAACUAUCACAUAUCGCUCAGGUCCUGAAUGGGAUCAGAGAUUUGGCCGUAAAUUGAAGCCGCUUCCUGAGUCAUCGCAAACAACAACGCUGGAGGAACCUUCAUUACCCCGCGCACCAGCAUUUUGUCCUGAUUUCUUGAUUGAGACCUAUCUUGACUAUCAGGGGGAGUCCUUCUGCUUGAAGUAUGACGCGAAUUCCUUGAUUUACAUUUCCAAGGCCAUGGACGUCUUCGAUCUCACGCGCUCUGCGCUUUCUGAGAUCCAUCUCACUCCUCCGGCGCCGCGCAGCUCUCCUCCUCCCCUACCGCCUUCCAUGUCCUCCCACCCGCCCUCGCCUUCACAUUCGUACUAUCACUGGUUGUUAUCACAUUCGAAGUCGCAUCCGCCACCAGCAAACCCGCCAAGACAUUUGCCUGACCUUGCGGAGGGUCUCCGCCCUCUGUCGAACACGCCGACGCUGAUUCUGGGCGUGCAGAGCGACAUUCUUUUUCCAGUAGAGCAGCAACGGGAGGUUGCAGAUGCGCUGAGGAUGACCGGUAAUCAGAUGGUCAGCUAUUAUGAGCUCGGUGGUGUGUGGGGCCAUGAUACCUUCCUGCUGGAUGUGCAAAACAUCGGAGGCGCUAUUCGGGGCUUUCUAUGUUGA